AUGGCGGACACUCCCAACUCCCGGCCUUAUCAGGCCAGGGUGGAGGACUGCUCCGAUGACGAGGACGCCCGACGAGCCGCCUCCAAGUCUUCAUCGCAAAAAUCGGCCCCAUCAAGGUCGGACAAGGAAACCAAGGCCGCAAGGAAACCUACUCCUAGCGCUGCCACCGACCUUUCCAGCGAGUCAGGGUAUUCGAAUCAUACUGCACCGACCGCCAGUAGUGCGGAUUCUGUUAAAAGCAUGAAUGUGAAGAAGCCAAGACGUCCUUCGAAGACACAAGCUGCACCCGAUUCAAGUCCCCGGCGCCGCGCUCCUGCGACCGUGCGACAGAAUACAUCCGCCAAUACGAGCAGCACCGGUACGGUCAAGGCCGGUGGAACAUCGCCCGCGAAACCGCCUGCAAGAGCUUCGUCGGUUCGAGGCCGUCCCGCCCCAUCGAAAGUAGGAGAGGCAGAAGUGGACGAGCGACGCGAUCGACCAACCGCGCGACGACUAUCGACGACCAUGCAAACGUCAGCCAGACCGCGGAUAUCACAGCAAUCAGGUGGAGAGCCUCCGUCGCCGCAGUCAAGGCCAUCCCGUCGAGAGAGUAUAGUAGAGAAUUCGAUGCCGCCUCCAAGGCGACGGUCGACGUCUGCUGCGCGGACGGCAAGACCAAUGAGCUAUCAUUCGGGGAUGUCACCAGUCGACUACUUCACAAACGCAACACAUGGCUCUACGAGAAGUUCGACUUAUCAGAGAGGAGGGCCACCACCCUCGCGGUCGGCUGGUACUGCGGCGUACGCUGGUUACUACGACUCCAACGCGCCGAUAUAUCCACAAAAUAUGUCGCAUUCGCAGUCACCAUAUGGAUAUGCUCCGCCUCCGUACGAGAAAUUGCGACCUGGUCUUCCACACAUGCAGACCGAGCCAACAUUGUCGGCACGAAAGCCCAAACCGCCUGCGUUAGUCGUUCAAGACAAUCCGUAUGAGCCGGGCCCCCUCUCCGCUCCUAUUUCCAAAACAAUCAGCGCCCGUCAACCGAAUUACGCGGCUAUCGCACCCCCGGAGUCCGAGACCGACUCCCAGACCACGUCGGAGGACUACGAGGAUGAGUACGACGAUAGCGACGGCGAAGACUUAGACCAGAGGAUGAUGCCUCCGCCACGACACCCAGCGAGUCGAACCCCUGCUUACCCUCCGAUCAUUACGCAAGGUGUGGGUCUGAGUAUGCGCGGCGUCGCCCGUCCCCCCGCCUCCGUCAUGGACAUGCCCACCUCCGCCACACAAUCUCCCUUUCUCCAGAUUCCAUACCCCGAACCCCCUCCCUCCUACACCUCCGUCGACCCCACCACCGAACGCGCCCGCGACCUCGAACUCUUCCACACCUCCUCCCGCUCUACCGCCACCCCUUCCUCCCGCUCCCGAACAUCAUCCCACCGCCGCCCCUCCCUCGCCUCCUCCGGCACCAAGGCCCCCUCCACUUCCUACACCACCUCCUCCGGCUCCGCCCGCGUCACCGUCGAGAACCCCCGCACCGGCCGCCGCCUCAGCUACGCUAGCCACGACGAGCAGCGCCGCCGCGCGCGCAUCGCCCGCGAAGCCCGCGAACGCGCCCUCGACUACGCCCGCGACCUCGACGACGACUUGGACUCUCCCUCCCCGGACGACGACCUCACCCUGCGCGCCGACCAGGUCGAGGCCUACCAAGCCCGCGCCAACGCGAACGUUUCGGCGGUCGGCACACGGGGCCGCCCGCUCCCGCUCACGGAGCGCGCACUCCGCAACACAACCGGCACCAUGGGCGAUAGCCCUGCACCGCGGCGACGGGGGUCGCGAGCUGGUGCGGAGCGGAGCGAGGCGGGGGAGACGACGGCUACGUCGCGGAGUAAAGCGAGUGGGUCGAGUCGAGGCGAACGUGAGAGGAGGGUCCGGCGCGAGCGGGACCGGGAGGAUCGGCGGGACCGGGACCGAGACCGAGACUGGGAUCGAGAAAAGAACCGGGAUCGAGAACGGGACCGUGAUCGUGAAAGGGAGAGGGAGAGGGAGAGGGAGAGGGAAAGCGAUCGGGAUGACACGGCGUCAGUCUCGACGCGGACAGUAGGGCCGGGCGGAGGUGAAGUGGUGAAGAUGCAGAUCGACGUGACGCGAGGAUUCAACAUGGAGGUGGAUGGGAAGCAGAUUAGCCUGGAGCGGCUAGACGGGGACUUGGCGAACUUGGUGAUCGCGAACAGCACGCGGGGCGAGGGGAGCCAGGCGUAUGUCCCCGGGAGUAGCUUGAGGAGUGGGAAGAGUACGGUGUCAAGGAGGGAUAGUGUGCGAGGGGAUCGGAGAGAGAGGGAGAGGGAGAGGGAAAGGGAGAGGGAUAGGGAGGAUGAGAGGAGGGGGAGGGGAAGGCGGGGGACGUUUGAGCGAGAUGUGGCAUUCAGCCGCCGUGACUGA